CUCUGUCUGACGGGCGUUCCCGCCUCGCACAUGCGAUCCAGGAUUCCCAUUUCCCAUUCCACUCACGAUCGCUGAGGUUGAAACCUUCAAUCGAUUUAUUUUCUAUUUACGUUAAUCAGGUCGUUGUUUUACUUCAAAUGGCCGCGGUGUGAACGAAAGGACAGAUGUAGCAGCAUCAUUAAAGAGAAACUAAUAUUUCAUCAGUAAUAAGGAAGAAGACGCGGGGGACCACAAUGGCAAACGCACUGCUAUGUUCGGCUUUGCUAACAGCGUGCGUGGUCUCCGCUCAGGUGCAUACGGCCGUCGAAACAGAAAUGUUCGCUAUACCAAUCAGCCCUAAUUUAUUUAAUUGGACUUACCAAGAGUUCGACCAGCAGUACCGGUUUCACGCGUCGCUGCUGGGUAAGCCUGAGCUACCACAGUGGCUUCACUAUAUCUAUAGUGGGCGACAUCACUCUGGCUUCAUAUUCGGUACCCCACCCAGAGGCACCGAAGGACCUUUAACGCUGGAAGUAAUCGGUUUGAAUCGUCAAGAUUUUGAGACGCGCCGCGUACUUUUGACACUGAAGGUCGAGAAGAAGGAGAAGAUGGCCAGCCACGAAGUCGAGCUGAAGAUCGACAACUUGAACGUCGAGGACUUGUUAGACGCACACCGGAUGAAUCGUUUGAAGGAUAUUCUGAGGACCAAACUCUGGACGGAAAGCAGUCAAGAUCUGUACGCCACGUUCUUAGCUUCGGCCAUAGAUCUUGGUGCCAGAUUGCCGCUGAAACCCAGCGACGGUGAGGGGCUGGUGGUCCGGCUGGGCAGUUCGCACCCGUUCUCGUCCGAACUGAAACGUCUCCGUGAGGAGGUGCGCCCCCUGUCGAAGCUGCCGAGCUGCCCUCGCGACUACAAGAGGACCACAGUCGAAAGACUCUUCAGGGACGCCGGCCUCACCCUUGACUGGUGCAGGUUUGAGCUGUUGAAGACGUACUACAAGCCCCGCUCGACCGUCCAGCUGGAGUACAUGAGCGACACCCCGGCGGGGGGGCGGCCCGGGCGCGCCUCCCCCGCCCCCGCCCCCUGGUCGGCGCCGGCGCGGCACUCGCUGCCGACGCGGGGCUACGCGCGGCAACUAUCCGCCGUCCUGGCCGCGCCCCUGGCUCUGCUGGCCGUGUCGGUCGCCGCCCUGACCGCGCUGGUCUGUUUCCAUUACGCUGCUGUGAACGAUCCAGAAUCCGAGAGCUUCUUCGAAAACAUAUUUCACAUUUGCAUUGAAUACAAACAAAGGAGAAGUCAGAAAUCAGCGAGAGCAGAGUUAGGUCGGCGCGGGACUGACAGCUCUGAGCAGCCUCAGCUUGCCGACAACAAUAGCUCCAAGAGUCUGGGCGCCAGUCCGAACAACAGCAUCGCUCGGUCUUACAGUCCGAAAUCGACACCGAAUCUAGCGAGCAACUACAACCGACCCCAACCCCCGCCCUACGCCGGCGCCCUGCACCACCGCAAGUCCACAGCAUCCACGCGAGGACACACCCCGGAACUCCUCCACGACCCCUCCAGAACGGUCCUGGAAGAAUCGUUGAAGCUACUAAACGAAGCGAACAUAAUUAAUUACGAAAUAAAAGAUCCGAUUGUCGAUAUCGCUGACGGAGCUGACGACUACGCCCCGAUCGAUGCUAACGGAACCGGUUUCUUGUCGGACACGACCGGUUAUUUGUCGAUGAAACCGGAUACGGACGGUAUUGACGUUCCGGACCUGGGCAAGUUCGGGCCGGUGGGUCCUAUGUGACAGGAGGUGACGGCGGAAGGCCGUCCGCCAGUCAAGACUUGGUUCUGUUAAGGUGGUGGAAGAAGACGGAUUUGCAUAUCGAAAAAAAAAAAACGCUUUUGCGCCGUUUCGUGUUUUAUUUCCUUGGUUUUAUUUUCCUGACUAACAUUUUUAAGUGGUUUCCUUCCUUAUUAUUCCUUAUUAAUCCUGUAAAAAAGAUCGCAUAUAUAUCGACGCUUGAAAGGCAAACGUGACUAAGCGACAAUGCGUGAACUUUACAGUAGACUAAUUUAAAAUUGAAAUACCUGAAACAGAUUCUAUUUUAACGAAUCUAGCUGUAGGAUUGAAAUGAUUUUAGUAGACCUAGAAAUAUAUUUUUUUUUGCCCAUAGAAUAUGGUUAUUGCCUAUCAUUUAUGUACAAAGCAGUUAUUUUCGCUUAGUCACGUUUGCCUUUUAAGCGUCGAUAUACAUAUGAAUAUGUGUAUCCCUAUAUAUAUAUAUAUAAAAUUUGGUGUAGUUAUGUCUUUCGACGACGAAAUUCGUAAAGUUUGUCCACAAAUAGAAAAGAAAAAAACCUUGAUACUUUUCUUAUGUAAAUUAUUACUUUUAAUUUAACUAAUGCAAAAUAUUUAAGCACAAAAACGUUAUUAUACUACCUGUUCAGAAAAUAAACCAAUCUUUAUUAUCUAGAAUCCUAUGAAGCGAAAACAUAACAUUUUGCACAACAAGUACUGUUUUUAAAUGUCACUAAAAGUUAGCUAGGAAUAGUAUUUAGCGUUUGUUGGGUUAUAAGUGUGAGUCCAAUGAAUAAAACAUUAACUUAACAUUUAAAUAAUUCAAAUAUUCGUCCUAGCAACGACUUAUAAAUAUAUUACUGUAGAUUUAAGAAGUACCUACCUAGAUAGAUAUACGCUUAAAAUAAUUAAUUGCUUGCCUAGUCGUAUCUAGACAGUGUUUCUGUAAAUUGUUGUUGAAAAUUAAAUUGUAUUAAACAAUAAUAUUAAUAA